AUGUCAGCCAUGCUCGCCAACCAAGCAUCCACCUACCCCCCCUCCCAAACCGCCCUCCUCCUUCUCGACUUCCACACCCUCCUCGCCAGCCGCGCACCGCCCGAUUCCUCCCUCAUCCCAUCUGCCAAACACCUCCUCGACACAGCUCGCCAGUCCCCCUCGCCCAUCGGCCACUCUCUUCUCGACUUUUCCACCGCGCCCCGCGAAACAUCUGUCUACGCGCAGCGCUGGGAGACCGAGUUCAAGCCCCUGCGGGACAGGAACCCCACUGCGAUUGAGGAAGUCGGGGACCUUAAGCCCUCUAGCAGCGACGAGUUUGUGAGCGGGAAGCGGCCCGGUGUGAUUUCCGCACUCAAGGAUGUCAAGUUCCUGUCGUGGCUUGCGGACAAGGGCGUCAAGAGUGUCGUGUUGGCGGGCAUCUCGACGAGUGGCGCGGUGAUGAGCACGGCGCGCGAGGCUGCUGAUUUGGGGUUUGUAGUGAGUGUGGUGAAGGAGGCGUGCUGGGAUCCGAAGCAGGAGAUGGGCGAUGCGGCACUUGCGGCGAUUGAGAUGACGGGUAAGGUUGUGAGUUUGGAGGAGGGUGUUAAGUUGUUGGGGGGUGCGAAGGAGUAG